AUGAAGGAGCAGAUCAGCACUCUUCAAGACCAAGUCAACACCUUGUUCACCAAACUGAAUGAAUUAAGUUCCUAUGAAACACCACUUGAUGCGGUACAAUUUGGCUCAGAACAACCUUCGGCGCCCAGUCCGCCGGAGGCGAGACAUCCCCAGUUUCACGGUCCCACGCCCUCACCUUUCAACUUUGAUGUAGCUCGAUUGAACCUCCGCGAAAUAGGUUUGGCCUCUAACGAGACUACGAUACAUGAUGAUCUGGCUCCAACUCCAGCUGAGUCAACGCAGCCUAAUCUCAGGCACGCAGGUUCAACUCGUUUGCGUGCAAUGCAUCCUACUAAGGAUCCCAUAUGGGCAAUCGAUCGGGAAGAAGCAAUCCGUCUAUGCAGAGUGUAUGAAGAAGAAAUUGGUUUAAUGUAUCCAUUUUUCAAUAUCAACAAAAUUAUUUCACAGACUAAUCUUCUGUACAAUUUUCUUGAGGCUGCAACAAGGACUGGUUUUGCGCAGGCCCAAAUGCCAGGCCUAGAUGGCCUUCAGGAUGAUGACUCGCUCAAUCUGAAGAUUAUUCUUGCUACAACCCUUGUACUUGAAGGAGGAGGUCAAUGUGAGUUAGGACAGCAGCUCUUCGAGACCGUCAAGCUGGCCUAUCACGCCAAAUCACUAGAGCCUGCAAGUGUGAAGUCAAUACAACUUUCCUCAGUCAUGACCAUGUACCAUUUCCACACUGAUAAUGAGCUUGCGUCCUAUCGCACCAUUGGUCCGACUGCUCGGGCAUGUUUCGAACUUGGAUUACAUCGCUGGGACACAGUGAUGAAAGAUUUCCCAGUCGAAGAAGACCGGGCAGAGGUCAUCCGAUUGUUUUGGUCGAUCUAUAAUCUUGAUCGACGGCUCAGCUUUGGUACAGGCUUACCGUUUGUAAUUCAAGACGACGACAUCGACCCGAACCUCCCAGAGCCAGAUGAUUCGCGACCCUACUCGAAGAGCAUGGUUACGUAUGACCGCCUUGGCUCAAAAGUAUGGUAUUCCGGUGUGGGUUCCAAAGGCUCCAUUGAUGUCAAUAGGGAGGAAAUCAACUUUCUGGAUUAUCAGGUCUGCCAAUGGUACAAGAGCACGCCGGAUAAUAUCAAGAUCUCGACCGAUUCUCCCAGUAAUGGUAGCGCCAAUCGGGGAUUUCAACGACUACGGGUGCUACUAUAUCUUCGAAUGAACCAUCUCCGCAUUUUAAUCUAUAGAUCGGUUUUGCAUUCUGCUUCUAGCAUUGUUGAGAACCAAGUGCACGCCCGGACGGUAGUUAAUAUCUCCAGAGACACAAUCCGGGUUCUGGCCAGACUCAAUCAGACGUCAGACAUCUAUAAGACACAACAGAUAACUUUCAACUACUUCUUGGUGACUGCGCUUGCUGUCCUAUUUCUUGCAGUUUGCCAUGCUCCUGGCGAAUAUAGUCGCGUGGUGCGCGACGAAUUCUACUUGGCACUCGACCUUGUGAGCGGCUUCAGCACUAAUUCCCACAUCUCGAGAAGAUUAUGGAAUACGAUAAAGGGACUGCGUAAGAUUGCUGAGAAGCUUGGUGUCUUUGGGCACAGCAUUGGCGCCGAUGCUCGUGACCCUCAUUCAAGUGCAGCUGUUGCAAUGGCCGGUCUAGCCGGACAUCCCAUCGAGGGCAUUUCUGUGUAUGGAACAGCACCGUCAUCAUCAUCAUCACUAGGGACAAUGUCCGAGCUCGGACACACUCCCAUUAAUGGUCUCCAAAUCAGUCAUGAAUUGACGAAUCUGUUCGAAGCCGUUGGAGGUACCAGUCCUUUUGGGGCAGACAAUCUCAAUGGUUUCAUUCCUAAUGACGGUGACUUGCGAAACUCUGGCGAGGGCCUAGCUGGUGUUCUCAGCAGUGACGCUGAAUUCUCACGCAUUCUGAGUGGUCUGCUCUGA